AUGUACUAUACGCGGAUCGCGCAGCAUCUGCUGGUGGGCUCUCAGCCGCAGAGUCCGGACGACAUAGAGCGGCUGCAGCGCGAGGAGGAGGUGGCGGUGGUGCUGAACCUGCAGCAGGACCACGACAUCGCGUACUGGGGCGUCGACAUCCACCGCAUCACGCACCACUGCCGCCAGCUGGGGCUCAGGCACUACCGCCGACCCGCGGUGGACUUCGACCCUCACUCGCUGAGGCACCAGCUGCCAGGAAUGGUGGCGGUGAUAGAGCACCAUGUGUCCGGGGGACGCACUGUGCUCGUGCACUGCACUGCUGGCCUCGGCCGCGCGCCUGCUGCUGCCAUCGCCUUCCUCUUCUGGUUCCGUGACAUGGAC